AGGCUUCACCGCCAUGGAAGCUUGAGAGUGAGGAGGGAGAGAAUCUGUUCGAUUUAUGUAGGGUUUCACAAAGCAUUCCGGAAACUCUUCCCAGGACGUUUAAUAUUACGACAAUUGGAAUCGAUAAGAAAGCUUAAGCCGUAUCAAUAUUCUAUAGUAGCUUAAGUAAUUCUGGUUGAUUGCCUGCAACUAUAUACCGAAAUUUCUGAUUAUAAGAAAGGUGAUUGAUUUCAAGUGGAUUUUAGGGUUUUCCAGGGUUUUCGUCUUUGUUUCGGUGAUGGUUGGUUGCAGCCUUAUGGGUCUGAUUCGAUAGCGCUAGGGUUUUUAUUUGAAAGGGAUUGAACUUGGUGAUCAAGACAUGCCUGAAUUCUGUGGAUCGGUAAAGAUUGAUCGCCGCUGACGGCGAGCUGCUUCUUCGUUUUGAAGGAAUUUUGUAUGGAAACGCGGAGUCGGAAGCGGGCGGAGGCCUCCUCAGCAGCCCCUUCAUCUCAACCCACAACCCGUUCAAGUAAGAGAGCUCGUGUUUCUGCAUCGUCAUCGUCGGUUCCCUCUGUUUCUACAAUCUCCACUCGUUCCCGACAGAAUUCACGAUCUCAAGAAUCAGUUGCAGCGGUAACUCCCAUGGAUUCCACCACUGAAUCAUCUGGGUCUGCUGCCCGCCGUGAAUCUGGAGGUCGGCGUGGAAAAAAUCAGAUUUUGGAGCGGGAGAAGGACUCUGAUAAGGGUAAAGAGAAGGAGGCCGAAAUUAGAGUUAGGGAUAGGGAUAGGGACAGAGAGAGAGACGCCGAAAAGAGCCUAGGGUUGAGUAUUGAUGGUGGCGGUGGUGGCGGGGUUGAUGAUGACAUUGACAGUGAGGGCGGCGUAGGAAUUCUGCAUCAGAACCUGACGUCCGCAAGCAGCGCCCUCCAAGGGCUUCUCCGGAAACUCGGUGCUGGGCUGGACGAUCUACUGCCAUCUUCUGCAAUGGCGGCAGCCUCUUCCUCUCACCAGAGUGGGCGACUGAAGAAGAUAUUAGCUGGGUUGCGAUCGGAUGGGGAAGAAGGGCGUCAGGUGGAGGCCCUAACACAGCUCUGCGAGUUGCUCUCUAUUGGAACCGAGGAAUCACUUAGCACAUUUUCUGUUGACUCGUUUGUGCCCGUGCUCGUGGGACUGCUUAAUCAUGAGAGCAAUGCUGAUAUCAUGCUACUGGCUGCCAGGGCACUCACCCAUCUAUGUGAUGUGCUUCCCUCGUCCUGUGCUGCUGUCGUUCACUAUGGCGCAGUUUCGUACUUCUGUGCACGGUUGCUCACCAUCGAGUACAUGGACUUGGCAGAACAGUCUCUGCAAGCUCUUAAGAAGAUAUCUCAAGAACAUCCAACGGCCUGUUUACGAGCUGGUGCACUUAUGGCUGUGUUGUCAUAUCUUGACUUCUUCUCCACUGGAGUCCAGCGAGUGGCAUUGUCCACUGCUGCCAAUAUGUGUAAGAAACUCCCUUCAGAUGCAGCUGACUAUGUGAUGGAAGCUGUGCCUCUGCUCACUAACCUUCUUCAGUAUCAUGAUUCAAAGGUUUUGGAGCAUGCUUCUGUUUGCUUGACUCGAAUUGCGGAGGCAUUUGCAUCUUCUCCUGAGAAGUUAGAUGAACUAUGUAAUCAUGGAUUGGUUGCACAAGCUGCCUCUCUUAUUUCCAUCGGCAAUUCUGGGGGUGGUCAGGCAUCCCUGAGCACACCUACUUACACGGGUCUAAUUCGGCUUCUUUCAACAUGUGCUAGUGGAUCCCCUUUGGGAGCCAAAACACUUCUUCUUCUUGGGAUCAGUGGCAUACUAAAAGAUAUUCUUUCAGGUUCCGGCUUAGUUGCGAGCAUUUCUGUUUCACCUGCAUUAACUAGACCUCCAGAUCAGAUUUUUGAGAUUGUCAAUCUUGUGGAUGAGCUUCUCCCGCCACUGCCACAAGGGACCAUUUCCCUUCCGACCUGCUCUAGUUUUCUAGUGAAAGGAUCCCUUGGAAAGAAGUCUCCUACUAGCAGUUCUGGGAAACAGGAAGACACAAAUGGAACUGUUCCUGAGGUUUCUCCUCGUGAAAAGCUAUUGCAAGAUCAACCUGAGCUUUUACAGCAAUUUGGAAUGGAUCUUCUUCCUAUUUUAAUACAGAUAUAUGGAUCCAGUGUCAAUGGUCCAGUUCGCCACAAAUGCCUUUCGGUUAUUGGGAAAUUGAUGUUUUUCAGUACAGCAGAUAUGAUUCAGUCAUUACUGAGUGUAACUAAUAUAUCAAGUUUCUUAGCUGGUGUUUUGGCUUGGAAAGAUCCGCAAGUCUUGAUUCCUGCACUCCAGAUAGCAGAGAUUCUUAUGGAAAAACUCCCAGGAACUUUCUCAAAGAUGUUUGUCAGAGAAGGAGUGGUACAUGCUGUAGACACACUUGUAACAACUGAUUCAUCAAGUACGGUUGUUGCCCAAGCAUCUUCAGUUGAUAAGGAUAAUGACUCCACACCUGGUACAUCAUCGCGCUCUAGGCGUUACCGUCGACGCAGCGGCUGCUCAAAUCCAGAUGGAAAUUCUUUGGAAGAGUUAAAAAGCAUUAUACCUGGAAGUGUCGGUUCUCCCCCUACUUCAGUGGAAAUUCCAACUGUUAAUUCUAGCAUUCGCAUGGCUGUCAGUGCUUGUGCAAAAGCUUUCAAGGAUAAAUAUUUUUGUGCAGACCCUGAAGCAGCUGAAGUUGGAGUGACCGAUGAUCUUCUUCAUUUGAAGAAUCUUUGCAUGAAGUUGAAUGCUGGUGUUGAUGAUCAAAAAACCAAAGGUAAGGGCAAAACAAAAGCUGCUGGGUCUCGCCUGCCUGAUCUUUCUGCUGACACUGAAGAGUACUUAAUUGGAGUGAUAUCUGAGAUGCUGGAUGAACUGAACAAAGGAGAUGGUGUAUCCACAUUUGAGUUCAUUGGUAGUGGGGUUGUUGCAGCUCUGCUGAAUUACUUUUCGUGUGGAACCUUUUCGAAGGAGAGAGUGUCUGAGGCUAACCUACAGAAGCUUCGGCAACAAGCACUAAGGAGAUUUAAGUCAUUCAUCGCGGUUGCCCUUCCUGCUAGUCAGGCUGGUGUUAAUAACAGGAGUGGAGCUCCCAUGAGUGUCUUGGUUCAGAAACUGCAAAAUGCUUUAUCCUCCUUGGAGCGGUUUCCAGUUGUUCUGAGCCAUUCAUCUAGGUCAUCUAGUGGAAGUUCACGUCUCUCCUCUGGACUCGGUGCAUUGUCUCAGCCCUUUAAACUGCGUCUAUGCAGAGCUCAAGGAGAAAAAUCUCUUCGUGAUUAUUCUUCUAAUGUUGUACUUAUUGAUCCUUUGGCAAGUCUAGCAGCAGUUGAAGAAUUUCUUUGGCCAAGAAUUCAGCGGGGUGAAUCUGGUCAGAAGCCUUCAGCUUCCUCUGGAAACUCUGAGCCUGGGAAUACACCCACUGGGACUGGUGCUACAUCACCAUCCACCUCUGGCCCUGCUUCUUCAACGCGUCGUCAUUCAACUAGAUCUAGAUCUUCAGUUACCAUUGGAGGUUCCGCUAAAAAAGAUGAUCAACAAGAGGGAACUGCAAUUUCUUCUAAAGGGAAGGGGAAAGCUGUUCUUAAAUCAGCUCUAGAUGAAACAAGGGGACCUCAGACAAGAAAUGCUUCUCGUAGAAGAGCAGCUUCAGAAAAAGAUGCACAAAUGAAACCAGCACACGGGGGGGACUCUAGCUCUGAGGAAGAAGAGUUGGAUAUCUCUCCAGUUGAGAUUGAUGAUGCAUUGGUGAUUGAAGAGGAUGAUCUCUCAGAGGAUGAAUAUGAUGACCAUGAAGAGGUGCUGAGAGAUGAUUCUCUUCCCAUUUGCAUGCCUGACAAGGUCCAUGAUGUAAAAUUGGGAGAUUCAGCUGAAGAUGGUAAUGCUGCCCCUCCAACAAGUGAUAGCCAGACCAAUCCUUCCUCUGGUUCCGGCAACAGAGCUACAACAGUCCGAGGCAUGAACUCCACUGAUUUUAGGGGAGGGAGCGCAUUUGGUUCGAAGGGUGGAAUGUCAUUUGCUGCAGCUGCCAUGGCUGGGCUUGCUUCAGCUAGUGGUAGGGGUAUCAGGGGUGGCCGAGAUCGCCGAGGAUUUUCUCUUGCUUGUGGUUUGAAUGACCCAGCCAAGUUAAUAUUUACAGCAGGUGGAAAGCAACUUAAUAGGCACUUGACAAUAUACCAGGCAAUCCAACGCCAGCUUGUGCUCAAUGAGGAUGAAGAUGAAAGGUAUACCGGCUCUGAUUUUAUUCCUAAUGAUGGAAGCAAGCUGUGGAAUGAUAUCUAUACAAUCACAUACCAGAAGGCAGACAGCCAAAUUGAUAGGACUUCAACAGGAGGUUCCUCUUCCACUACAUCAAAAUCUUCCAAAGUUAGUUCAGCUUCCAAUUCUAACUCUGACACGUCGUGGCAUCAAAUCUCCCUUCUUGAUAGUAUCUUGCAAGGGGAGCUUCCAUGUGAUCUUGAGAAAACUAACUCUACCUAUAACAUGUUGGCAUUGUUGCGUGUGUUGGAGGGUCUGAAUCAGUUAGCACCACGUUUGCGAGUCAUGGCAGUUUCAGAUGACUUCUCAGUGGGAAAGAUUUCAAGUCUAGAUGAGCUUAAUGCAAGUGGUGGCAAGGUACCACCUGAAGAAUUUAUCAAUAGCAAGCUCACUCCAAAAUUGGCUCGGCAGAUCCAGGAUGCCCUUGCAUUGUGCAGUGGCAGUCUUCCUUUAUGGUGUUACCAACUAACGAAGGCAUGCCCAUUCUUGUUUCCUUUCGAGACAAGGAGGCAGUACUUCUAUUCAACUGCUUUUGGAUUGUCUCGGGCAUUGCAUCGGCUGCAGCAGCAACAGGGUGCAGAUGGUCAUGGCUCCACAAAUGAAAGGGAGGUGCGUGUUGGGAGAUUACAGCGUCAAAAGGUUCGUGUCUCCAGAAACCGCAUUUUGGAUUCUGCAGCUAAAGUUAUGGAGAUGUAUUCCAGUCAUAAGGCUGUUCUAGAAGUAGAGUAUUUUGGUGAGGUUGGCACGGGAUUGGGUCCUACCCUGGAGUUUUAUACCCUUUUGAGUCAUGACCUGCAAAAGGCUAGUCUGGGCAUGUGGAGGUCAAAUUCCUUGUCAGGAAAACCCACAAUAGAAGUCGACGGAGACAACCAGAAAACCAGUACUGAAGAUAUUUCAGACAUGAAGAAACUUGGGCUCGACUCUACUGUAGAAGGCAGAGAUUUAGUACAAGCUCCUCUUGGAUUGUUCCCUCGCCCAUGGCCACCAAAUGCAGAUGCUUCUAAUGGUAGCCAGUUUUCGAAAGUGAUCGAAUAUUUCCGGCUUGUUGGACGAGUGAUGGCAAAAGCUCUUCAAGAUGGCCGGCUUUUGGAUCUUCCAUUGUCGACAGCCUUUUAUAAGCUUGUUCUUGGUCAAGAGCUCGAUUUGCAUGAUAUUCUUUCAUUUGAUGCUGAAUUUGGAAAGAUCCUGCAAGAAUUAGAAGUUCUUGUUUCCCGGAAGCGGUAUCUGGAAGCAAUGGGUGGUAAUCAUCAAAAUGAAAUUGCUGAGUUACUCUUCCAUGGUGCUCCCAUUGAAGAUCUCAGCCUGGGUUUCUCUGUUCCUGCCUAUCCUGAUUAUGUUUUAAAACCUGGAGCAGAAAAUGAAAUGGUGGAUAUUAAUAACUUGGAGGAAUAUAUUUCUUUGGUCGUUGAUGCGACUGUCAAGACAGGAAUUAUGCGGCAAAAGGAAGCAUUUAGAGCAGGGUUCAACCAGGUCUUUGACAUCUCAUCUUUGCAAAUAUUUUCUCCUAGCGAACUAGACUACUUGCUCUGCGGGCGUAGAGAAUUAUGGGAGGCUGAGACGCUUGUUGAUCAUAUAAAAUUCGAUCAUGGAUACACUGCCAAGAGUCCUGCAAUUGUUAAUUUGCUAGAGAUUAUGGGAGAAUUUACACCAGAGCAGCAGCGUGCAUUCUGCCAGUUUGUAACUGGUGCUCCAAGACUCCCACCUGGUGGUCUGGCUGUGCUGAAUCCGAAGCUGACCAUCGUGAGAAAGCAUUCUUCAACCACAACGAACACAGCAUUAAACGGGAUCAGUUCUUCUGAAUCAGUAGAUGAUGACCUUCCUAGUGUUAUGACAUGUGCUAACUACCUCAAGCUUCCUCCGUAUACUACAAAGGAAAUUAUGUACAAGAAACUACUAUAUGCCAUCAGUGAAGGCCAAGGUUCUUUCGACUUGUCCUGAUGAUACUAACCAGUUGAUUGAUUAGUAUAUACUAUCCCAUCACAACAAAUUUUGGGGUCAAAGCGUGGGUCAAUCCAUCGAAUAUUUUGUCGUUAGAAGAUGCAGCCGGUUGAGUUCAAUGAAGCGUUCCGAUUGCCCUUCCCAAAGUGUCACUGAGGUCAGUUUUAUUUCCUUUUGGAUGCCAUACAAGGUUGCAUCUUCCGGUAGAGUUUCAGGACGGGUGGGUCCGCUCUGUCCGCUUUUUUCCCAUUUUAACUUUAUCUCCCCUUCGAUCCUGUAAAUUCUGAACCUUCUUGCACACUGACCCACCAUCCCAAAUUCCUCUUAUGUUUUGUCCUUCCCUUCCCCAGGAUUUCAUUCUCAAUUCUUGAAUAGUAUAAAUUAGAUUUCAGUACCCAUCGAAAGAAUCUGGUUGAGCUUUUGGCCAACAGAGAGAAACUUUUGAAGGGGGAAAAUCGCAGAGUUUGUCUGCUGCUAUUGCUUGUAAAUAAGGUGGAAAUAUUUUGUUUCCCUAGCAUAAAAAUGUAUGGGCAUGCAAGGACGGAGAAGAAAAUCUAUAUUGUUUCAAAAUUGUUUUGCAAUUUGAAUUACCCCAGUAUUAUUCUCA